AUGGAGAUCAGCAAGAAUUGCAAUAGCGGUAUCAAGGGAUCCAAGACGGUAGCCAAGUGGCCACAACGCUCUCUCAUACCAUCUGCGUGGGAAACUUCUGUUCGUCUCGUUCAUGCGAACGAGUCUGCGGCAGCCGGUAGCUCUCUGGCUCAGGCUUUCGCAACUGAUGCGAUGAGUCAGUAUCUACUUGACGGCGAUGACAUGGUCGAUUACUCAGAUGAACAGAAGUGGAAGCUUCACGUUGACUACAUGACUUAUAUGGUCUCGGCACACUGCUAUAAAGGUAUUGUGACAGCUAUUGGGUCAGACUACGAAGCUUUAGCUCUUUGGCUCGCACCACGUCAACAAAUGGAUGACUGGUGGACUUCCAUCCGUAGUGGAUUAUGGAAACUAAGCUAUCAAUUAUCGGCCGAGGGACGGAGACGAUACUAUGAUGAGAUGCUGCCCGUUCUGGACCAGACCAAACUGGAAGUCAUGGGCGAGAGGGAUCACUACUAUCUCGUAUACAUCGGUACCAAGCCUAAUGCCCAAGGAAGGGGAUAUGCCGGAAAGUUGAUUCGCGAUAUGGUUGCUAAAGCCGAUGCUGAACAGCGUCCCAUGUAUCUUGAGUCUAGCACAGAGCGAAACAACGGAUACUACGAAAAGUUCGGCUUCGAGGUCAAGCGCGACGUUGUCUUCAAAGGCAGCCCCGAGCCCAUCAAGAUGUGGAUCAUGGUUCGUGAACCUCAACAGAUGCCGCGCCCUGCUUGCGGCUCCAUUGUCGUGUCUGCCGUCAGCAGCGCGGUCAGAUUCUAG